UUUCUACACCUCCAAACAUGGCCAAAGAGAGAGGGGAGAGAAAGCGCGUAUUGAAACAGAAACAGCUAAAAUGGUUUAAAAGUUUGGGAGUUUCAACUGCCAGAAAAGAAGGGUCAUAGUGGAUCACACACAGAAAAGUUGUCACUACAACAACAACAACAACAACAACACUCUUCUUGCGGAAUUGGCGCUCUCUCUCUCUCUUCUCUCCCUUUCUCUCUCUCUAGGGUUUGGAGCACUUUUCUUCUCCGACAGCAAUUCAAUCGAGCGCAUGGAAGUUGUUGGUUCUUUUGAUACGGCGAGACAUUGAAAUUUGAUUGUUAAUUGAUGAAGUGGGUACUCCCUGUAAUUGGAGAAGAACAAGUAAACAAUUGAGUGUGGAUUUGCCAAGUUGAGGUGUUGAGUGAGGAAAAUGGAAACAGCAAGGCGUUGGUUUAGUAAGUUCCGUUCAAAGGAUAGAACGAAGUCCUCAAAGAAGGAACCUACAAGCAAUGCAAAAGAGGGGUUAAAAGCACCAGCAAGUGAGGAAACACCUUCAAAUGCCACUAAACAGAAAGUUGCCGCAGCUAAGCAGUACAUAGAAAAGCAUUACAAGGAGCAGAUGAGGAAUCUGCAGGAGAGGAAGGACCGGCGUGAUAUGCUUGAAAAGAAAUUAGCCGAUGCUGAGGUCUCUGAGGAAGAGCAGAACAACUUACUGAAGUAUUUGGAGAAGAAGGAAACGGAGUAUAUGCGCCUUCAGAGGCAUAAAAUGGGUGCUGAUGAUUUUGAGCCGUUGACGAUGAUAGGGAAGGGUGCAUUUGGGGAGGUUAAAAUAUGUAGGGAGAAGGCAACAAGCCAUGUGUAUGCUAUGAAAAAGCUUAAGAAAUCAGAAAUGCUUCGUAGAGGCCAGGUUGAACAUGUCAAAGCAGAAAGGAAUCUACUUGCAGAGGUUGACAGCAAUUGCAUUGUCAAACUUUACUGUUCCUUCCAAGACGAAGAGUAUCUUUACCUCAUAAUGGAAUAUCUACCUGGUGGAGAUAUGAUGACUUUAUUGAUGCGGAAGGAUACGUUGACGGAAGACGAGGCCAGGUUUUAUGUUGGGGAGACAGUCCUAGCCAUUGAGUCCAUACAUAAACAUAAUUAUAUUCAUAGAGAUAUCAAACCUGACAACUUGUUACUUGAUCGAUAUGGCCACAUGAAAUUGUCAGAUUUUGGAUUAUGCAAACCAUUGGAUUGCAGUAAUCUUCAGGAAAAGGAUUUUUCCGUUGGAAAUAACCUUAGCGGGGCUCUUCAAAGUGAUGGACGCCCCGCGGCACCAAAACGCACUCAACAAGAGCAACUGCAGCAUUGGCAAAGAAACAGGAGGAUGCUUGCUUACUCCACUGUUGGUACACCUGAUUAUAUUGCUCCAGAAGUUCUGCUGAAGAAAGGAUAUGGAAUGGAAUGUGAUUGGUGGUCUCUUGGUGCUAUCAUGUAUGAAAUGCUUGUGGGAUAUCCACCUUUCUAUUCUGAUGAACCAAUGUCCACUUGUAGGAAGAUAGUAAACUGGAGAACUCAUUUAAAAUUCCCAGAAGAGGCAAAGCUAUCUCCGGAAGCAAAAGAUCUGAUAAGUAAACUCUUAUGUAAUGUAGACAAGAGGCUUGGAACAAAAGGCGCAGAUGAGAUAAAGGCUCACCCAUGGUUUAAUGGUGUUGAAUGGGAAAAUUUGUAUCAAAUGAAAGCUGCAUUUAUUCCUGAAGUAAACGAUGAGUUGGACACUCAAAACUUUGAGAAGUUUGAAGAGGCUGACAGCCCAAUUCCGACUUCGGCAAGAUCAGGUCCAUGGAGAAAGAUGCUUUCAUCUAAAGAUAUCAACUUUGUGGGUUACACAUAUAAGAACUUUGAAAUUGUAAAUGAUCAUGAAGUUCCUGGAAUUGCCGAGUUGAAAAAGAAAAGCAACAAACCUAAGAGGCCCACUGUCAAGUCCCUUUUUGAUGACGAGUCAGAUACUGCUGCGGAUCAACCUGCUAAAGGGAGCUUUAUGAACCUCUUGCCUCCUCAACUAGAAAUCUCAAGACAAGAGUGAAUCAACACCAUAAGCUUAACUUCUUUGUAACAUCCGAUGCCCAUAUUUGUCUAAACAAACAUGAUUUAAGUUCUUCCUAAGAGGACAGCUUUUGUUUGGCUGUUCCUUGCAUUUGGAUACAUAAUCACAAAAGAAGUAGAUAGGUUUUGGUUUUCCUCCAGGGCAACUUAGGUUUUGGUUUUUGUAAAUUAUGGGCUGGAAGUGUAUAUUGCUCUCUCUCUCUCUCUCUCUCUGGUAAUGAUGUGUAUUUUUCUUUUCUUUUUUCCCCGGUCAAGUUCAGAAAUGUGUACAAUGCCUUGUUAAUGUUUUUAAUGUAAUCACCCGCUCAUAUUUGGUUAAUGGUAAGAAAACAUUUUUUAAAA